AAAAGGGAAACAAGAAAAGAAAGAAAAACAGAAAGCGGAAAAAAAGGAAGUAAAAAGAAAAGAAGCGAAAAAAGAAGCAGGAAAAGAAGAAAAAGAAAUCAGGAAAGAAGAAGAAAAUUAA